AGUCCAACGAUUAAGAUGGCUGGGUCACGUAGAGCGCAUGGAAACCAAUGCUCCGGCCCGGAAAGUCUUCGAAUCCACACCCACAGGACAGCGCAGUAGAGGAAGACCGCGGAUCAGGUGGCGCGCACAAGUGGAAGGUGACCUCACCCAACUUGGAGCGCGAAACUGGUGACAUCUAGCUAGGGACCGAGCUAGAUGGAGAAGUUUGUUGGGUGAGGCCCUAGUUCACACAGGACUGUAGCGCCACCUUAAGUAAGUAAGCAAUCAAAUAAAGAAUAAUCAUUUGAAUGUUGUUCGAAACUACUUACUCAAAAAUAAAAAGAAUUAUAAAGUGACAUGUUUUGAAGACACAAAUGAUGACGAUGUUCAAAGAAAUCAACAAUCUAAAAGUUUGCUGCCUUCAAAAACAUUCAAAGACAGAGGACAACUACAAUCUAAAAUGUCAUGGCGUUUACCACCAAAUAGGUACGACAUCCCCAACGAAAUGGGCUCCAAUAAAAAUGGCGUUGAAUGGUCAAGGUCAACUGGGAACGCUAAGCGUAAAAAACAUUUAAAACAGAAUAACCAAACUAAAUUCUAUGAAAUUUCAACGAGUUGGUUUGAAAAAUCAAAGAACAAAUGCAACCGUCACAAAGGAAAAUUUACAACAGGUUCAGAUCCCCGAAUUCGAAGGCCCUCGACAAGAUUUAUGAUAAGUAACUAUGUGACAUGCUGGCGGGACAAGUCUGAUCCAGGACCGUCAAAUUAUUUUGUUGGAAUAUUUGAUCAAAAGAGGUUUAAAAAAACCGGUCCUAAAAAACAAAUUUUACAUUCAAAGUUUUAUCGAAAUUCUUGCGUGCCUGAAAGCUCACGAUUCCAAGUCUUAGGUAAUCCAUCAUUUAGUCCAGGUCCUGGACGAUAUGAACUCUUUGAUGAUGAAGAAUUUCUUCGUGUAAGACUGCAAACCCAAACACAAAAACUUCAAAGGUUCCGCAGACUUAAUUUCAAAAAUAAAAUAAGUCAACGCAAAACAAAGUCACAUUGUGUACAACGACACAUUUUCGGUAGUGGCUUUACAAGACUCUUCAAGGGAUCAUCAAAAAUUUUAAAAAAGGUUAACUUGACAAAGAAACAUCAUCACAAAACUGGACGUGAAAUUCGAAUGUUUCCCAGUUUUGAUUAUAUCAAGUUGAUCACAGAUCCAGAACGCGAAUCUCUGUGUACUCGAACAGAGGAAUUUCCUGACACAUCGGUGGAGAAGCCAUUGAAAUUUAAUUGUUUGCUUAAAGUUCGGAAAAGGCGUCAAUUACGUGACAAUAAGAAAGUUGUCUUUGGCAGUGGAAUGCCAAGAUUUAAAGACUUUCCUACUCCAUUGAUAGUUCAAAAUCAGGCUAAGCCUCUUCCAUUGUUUGAUUGGCCUACUAUGAGAGUUGAUCCUACGGAAAUUAAAUCAAAACUUAAUGCUUUACCUGAACGUUUAAAAGAAAUCGAAAAAAGCCCUCGUAUUCGUCCGUUUAAAUUUCAACCAUUACCCCCUGUUAAGUUGUUAUUAGAGGAGAAGGAAAUUUACCUUGAACUUGAAAAACUAUUUGACUCUCAUUCAAUAGAACUGAGCCCUACGGAUUUCUUAAAGAAUGAUUCAAAUUAAAUUCUAUUUUUGAGACUAAUUUUGAAAACCAUGAUACAAAAAUCUUAUAAUAUCCGUUUCCAUAUUAUACUGAGUUUAAAUAAAAUGAAAUAUAAACAAUUAACUGUCA